AUGAUGCAUCCACAUGCCCAAAUCACCCCUUCACUUCAACUUGUCAAUUCCUUCCACUCUUUCCUUUCUUCUUCCUUUCUCUCUCCCACACCUUCUUCUCAUCCCUUAUCCCUCCUCUCCUCUUUUGUUCCUUUCCCCGCUCUACUCGGAAAGCCGAACUCUUUCUGCACUCCAGCUACCUUCAUACUCCAACUUUCUUCUCCCCCAACCCUACCUUCCUCUGUCAUUAUCAUCUCUAAGUUCCUAUUUACCUACACAUCUACCCCUUUGCAAUCUUCAACUUUUAACUUAACUAUUCAUUAA